AUAAAUACCCACAUCCAUCCUCCAGUGCGCCAUUAUCUCUUACAUCGACCCCAUAACAGUCGAAUUGUAAGACUUCCAGUCGAGCUGCUUCAAACCUUUAGCGCGACCCCAACAGAACAAAAUGCGUGAGUGCAUCUCCAUCCACGUUGGUCAGGCCGGUGUGCAGAUUGGCAAUGCAUGCUGGGAGUUGUAUUGCCUGGAGCAUGGCAUCCAGCCGGACGGACAGAUGCCCAGUGACAAAACCAUUGGAGGAGGAGACGACUCCUUCAACACCUUCUUCAGUGAGACUGGAGCUGGAAAGCACGUGCCCAGAGCAGUUUUUGUAGAUCUGGAGCCGACUGUGAUCGAUGAGGUGCGCACUGGGACCUAUCGUCAGCUGUUCCACCCUGAGCAGCUGAUCACUGGCAAAGAGGAUGCUGCCAAUAACUACGCCCGUGGACACUACACCAUCGGCAAAGAGAUCAUUGACCUGGUUCUGGACAGGAUCCGCAAACUGGCUGACCAGUGCACUGGUCUCCAGGGCUUCCUGGUCUUCCACAGCUUCGGUGGUGGCACCGGCUCCGGCUUCACCUCCCUGCUGAUGGAGCGUCUGUCUGUCGACUACGGAAAGAAGUCCAAGCUGGAGUUCUCCAUCUACCCAGCUCCCCAGGUGUCCACUGCUGUGGUGGAGCCCUACAACUCCAUCCUGACCACCCACACCACCCUGGAGCACUCCGACUGUGCCUUCAUGGUGGAUAACGAGGCCAUCUAUGACAUCUGCCGUAGGAACCUCGACAUUGAGCGCCCCACCUACACCAACCUGAACAGGCUGAUCGGUCAGAUUGUGUCCUCCAUCACCGCUUCCCUUCGUUUUGAUGGUGCCCUCAAUGUUGAUCUGACUGAGUUCCAGACCAACUUGGUGCCAUAUCCUCGUAUCCACUUCCCUCUGGCCACCUACGCCCCUGUCAUCUCCGCUGAGAAAGCUUAUCAUGAGCAGCUCUCAGUGGCUGAGAUCACCAAUGCCUGCUUCGAGCCAGCCAAUCAGAUGGUGAAAUGCGACCCCCGCCACGGCAAAUACAUGGCUUGCUGCCUGUUGUACCGUGGAGACGUGGUGCCCAAAGAUGUGAACGCCGCCAUCGCCACCAUCAAAACCAAACGCACCAUCCAGUUUGUGGACUGGUGCCCAACUGGUUUCAAGGUGGGCAUCAACUACCAGCCCCCCACUGUGGUUCCUGGUGGCGAUCUGGCUAAGGUGCAGAGGGCUGUGUGCAUGCUGAGCAACACCACUGCCAUUGCAGAGGCCUGGGCUCGGCUUGACCACAAGUUUGACCUGAUGUACGCCAAGCGUGCCUUUGUGCACUGGUACGUGGGUGAGGGUAUGGAGGAGGGAGAGUUCUCCGAGGCCAGAGAGGACAUGGCCGCUCUGGAGAAGGAUUAUGAGGAGGUCGGUGUUGACUCUGUUGAAGGUGAUGGAGAGGAGGAAGGAGAAGAGUAUUAAAAUACAUGAAGGCACUAAACUGCAAAUUACCAGUUAAACGGUUCAGAAAGCAAUUUAAGCAGUUGUAGCUUUGAGUUUACUCUUCACUGGUAGAUUUGUGUUAAAAUGGAAGUUCAGCGCCAUUUGAAAAGGUUAUCAGA